AUGGACGCAAGGUUGUCGGAAGAGCAGAGGACCGAGAACGCCGAACGGUUUUUGGACUUCGAGCAGCUCUACGACGAGGUGCUGGAGAAGAUUGUUGAGCUCACAGCACCACCGAAUCGUGCCCAAGCGGUCGUCCCUGCCGGACAGGCUAGUCAGCAGGUGAUUGUACAGCAGACGCCCUUGCGUGCACCGAUUCCAACGUUUGACGGCCAGUACGAGAACUGGCCGAAGUUCAAGUCGAUGUUCCUGGAGCUGAUGAAGAACUCGCCAGACUCGGACGCCAUCAAGCUGCACUACUUGGACAAGUCUCUGGUGGGUGCGGCGACGGGCAUGAUCGACACGAAGACGCUUCAGGACAACAACUAUGCGCACGCGUGGGAGAUCCUCGAGGACCGGUACGAGAACCGACGCCUGAUCAUCGACAUCCACAUCAACGGGAUCUUGCAGCUAAAAAGGAUGGCGAAGAAGUCGUCAAAGGAGCUGCGAGAGCUGUACGAGGAGUGUUCGAGACACGUUGAAAACUUACGGUACCACAAGCAGGAGUUGCUGGGUGUAUCUGAGUUGUUCGUCGUCAACAUUCUGUCGUCUUGCUUGGAUCGUGAGACACGUGAGCAGUGGGAAGCUACCGUCAAGAAGGGUGAACUCCCGAAGUAUGCGCAGACGAUCGAAUUCUUGAAGCAGCGGUGCGCCAUCCUGGAACGGUGCGAGUUAGCUGCCCCUGCGUCGUAUGCGGUCCGGUCGGCAGUUCCCAAGGCGGUGCAGUCCUCGAAGCCAUCGGCGAAGAUCACCUCGGCAGCCGCGACAUCCAACGAGGCCGAGUGCGAUCUGUGUGACGGGUCUCACGCGAACUACAAGUGUGGCUCGUUCCGCGGCAUGAGUGUUGCGGAGAGAUGGUCGAAGGUGCGUGACGCGAGGCUGUGCUACAACUGCUUGCGCAAGGGUCACCGAGUUGGACAGUGUCCGUCGGAUCGAUCCUGUAAGUGCGGUGAGAAGCACCACAGCUUGUUGCACCAGGAGAAGAACCAGCAGCAAACCAAGCCGAAGCCAGAAGCGGCUCCGGUAUCAGCGAAGGCGCCGUCGGCAGUGUCAUCCGCCAGCGUGAAGGCUGGUCCCAGCGACACGGGUACGCCGGAAGUGAACGAUGACAACGAGCAGCAGGCAACUUCGUGCUUCAGCAGCGGAGCGCUGAAAUCACCGCAGCAGGUUCUGCUGCAGACAGCGAUCAUCAACGUGGCGGACAAGUCCGGCAGGUUCCAUCCGUGUCGAACGUUGUUGGAUUCCGGUUCCCAGGCGCACAUUUUGUCGGAGGCGAUGGCACGAACCCUCGGUCUAACCUUCGAAAAGUGCAACGUGACGGUCGUUGGAGCCAACGCAGUGAAGACGCAAGCAAAGAAGGGAGUCAACCUUACCUUCUCGUCGAGGUACUGUGAGUUCCAAGACAACAUCUCGUGCCUGAUUUCGGACAAGCCAACGGGACGGAUCCCGUCGGCAAGAAUCGAGGCAGCUGCUUGGCACAUCCCGAGUGACGUGUUCCUGGCAGACCCGAAGUUCAGCGAGCCGGACGAGAUUGACCUGGUCAUGGCGUCGAACUACGUGUGGGACUUGCUGCGAACGGAUCGAGUGAAACUGGCGAACGGCACCGUGACUCUGCGUGAAACCGAUCUGGGCUGGAUCGUGACCGGCGUGUACGACCCGUUCCAGCAGCUGAGUUGCCAAGUCGUCCACUCAAACAUUACGCUGAAGGAUCAGCUGAACAACGCCAUCGAGAAGUUCUGGCUGGUUGAAGAACUAGCAGACAAGCAACUUCAAACCAACGAAGAACAGGAAGUGGAAGAGCACUUUCGUGGCACCCACGGCCGUGACGGAAGUGGUCGCUUCGUCGUCAGGUUGCCAUUCAAGGACGAGGUUCUUGAGCUGGGCGACAACCGAGUCCAGGCGUUGAGGAGAUUCAACCUGCUGGAGCGCCGUCUGUCGCGCAACCCGGAACUCCGAGAGCAGUACACGGCGUUCGUCGAGGAGUACGAGGCGCUGGGUCACUGCAAGGAGAUUUCUGAGCAUCAAGAUUCACCAGAAGUGCGUAAGUACUACCUGCCGCACCACGCUGUGCUCAAACCGUCCAGUUCGUCUACGAAGCUGCGGGUGGUUUUCGACGCCAGCGCCAAGGCCGGCAAGUACUCCUGA